AUGCCAGCCUCAACAACCGCACUAACUCUUCUGUCUGGGCCUGCCUGGCCUGAUUCGUGGCAACAGCAAGCCAGCGGCCUGCUCGCGGCGCCACGUGGCACAUCAGGCACUGGCGCGGGCAGGGCACGGCGCCAGCUGCACCGCACCAUAUCCAGCCCAGCACCAUAUCCCGCCCAGCACCAUACCCAGCCCCGCACCAUACCCAGCCCCGCACCAUACCCAGCCCCGCACCAUACCCAGCCACGCACCAUACCCAGCCCCGCACCAUAUCCCGCACCAUAUCCAGCCCAGCACCAUACCCUGCCCACACCAUAUCAGCCCGCACCAUACCCGGCCCCGCACCAUACCCCACUCCGCACCAUACCCAGCCCCGCACCAUACCCCGUCCCGCACUAUACCCUGCCCCGCACCAUACCCAGAACAGCCUUGGAGGAAGUAUAG